CAUUUUAUUUUAUAGUAUUACAGAACGUCCUAUGUCUGAGUUAAGCUAAUUUAAUCAUGUCGACCCCGCUGACAUCAAGGAGACGCUCUGUCAAUUUACUCAACCGAUAUGCAGGCAAAAGUGAAGUCUCUUCACCACAAACUCGUCGUUCUCUCAAUGGUCAAGGUGAUGCGCCAUUAGAAUCACCGCAGCUUCCCAAUGUUCAUAAUGAAGAGGAUGCGAGGGAACGAAGGGAGAAGAGAAGAUCUCGAACUCUAGCUCAAGCAACUGGUAGUCCACUUGUCAAGCCUGUUGAGGAAGAUCAGGGCGUAACAGCAAAAUUAACCAACGAUCAACUGGCAUCACAUUAUGUAAACUGUAUUAAACUAUCAACGGAGAACAAAAUCACAGCUAAAAAUGCUUUCAAUCUGCAUUUAAUUGAUCAUAUGAAUGAAAUGCUGAAGCAAAGAUGCGAAGGAACACUCAAUUUCCAGAUGGCAGGAGGAACUAUAUUUGCAAGUGCAAAAAUCUAUGCAUCCAGAGUUGAUGCUGUGCAUUCUGAGACUUACAAGGUCAUGAGUAGUCUUGGGAGAGGAGCAUCUAAUGAAAAAGAUGGCUCUGAUGAAGAAAGUCAAGAAGACAGUGAAACAAGACAUCGCGGAAAAACAAAAAAGAAGCGAUCAAAAAUUCUGGAAUCCAAUACUUCAUCCUUGAGAAUGAAGAAAAUGGAUGCGAGUCACCAGGUGGAUCCCUUAGAUCAAUAUUAUUCGUCUGUCUUUGAUCUUGCGAGUACAAGUGGACUCCUCGUUAAUCAUUUGGGUUUCUGCAGGGAUGGCAUCACAAUGAGAUUUGAUUCGGAGAUGGAUUCUCCUAUUACAAAUAAUCCAUCUGGAGGCAAAAAAUUGCCAGUUUUGUCUGAAACUUCCGAAGAAGAUGAACAAAAACAUGUUGAUGGAGAAAAAUCUGAUCGAUCUCAGGAAAUUAAUGCAAUGUUUUUUGAACUUGUCAAACUUGCAUCAGAUGUACCUACAGCUAAUUCUGGAGUUUGUCCGACCCUCAAUAACUUCCAUUGGAAAGAAUUAGAAGAUGACAGUUUCGAAUGGCAUGAAGAAAAAAUGGCAGAUGUAAAUGAGCAUGAUUCGGAUGUUAUUAUCAACACGGACAGUCAACCUGAAUUUGAUGACAUUGAGGAUGAUAUAGUAGCAACUUGCUUCUCAUCAACUCAUGAAUCACCAACAGAAACAAAAUCAGAACCACCUGACAAUUUGGGGAGUUUACCUGCUGGAAUGGAUGCAGGGUUGCUGGCUUCUUUCAUGCCUGGGGAAUAUUCCUACUUCAAAGCCGGAGCAUUUUCAACGUGGGAGGGACCUAAUCAUUGGAAGUUGAGGGUGAGAAAGCCUCCCUCAUCAGAUACAGCCUCUGAACAAAGUUCGGAAAAAGAUAAAAUUGCUAAAGGGAAAAAGAGGAAACGAAAUUUUUAUGUGGAUUACAAGACUGCAAAGUAUAAUGUGGAUGAAAAAGAAUUCGAACUUACAAGGAAAACAAAAGAAGCGUCCAAGCGUUUGAGGGAGAAAUGGAGCAAAGCUGAAGAUGAUCGCUUGUUACCAUCAGCAGGAGAAUAUAAUGUUUUAGAUCUGGCCAAGUGUGUUCUUCAACCGGGAAUUGAAAUUCGGCCAGUCUUAUUGAUGCGAAACUCUAAAAAUGAAACUCCAGUCCCUCAAGUUGAUUCAGACAAGUUGGGAAUGUAUAAUUAUGAUAAUCCCAAUGACAAAAAUAACUAUUGUCCUGUUAUGACGGACGAUGAAGAAGGUAUUCAAGGUGAUGAUGGUGGGCAAGCAGAUAUUUCACCAGGUUUCGAAAAUGAUGGCAAUCGGUCAGAUAGAGAUGGCGGGUUUCCUGACAUGACCUUGUCGCAAACCCAAGUAUUUGGGUCACAGUUUGAUGUAGAAUCUAUGUUACAGGGGAGUCAUCUCAUUUCACACCCUAAAAAGGUGGAAAAAAUAUCGAUAGCUUAUGCUAAAAAGGCAACAAGGAUAGAUGUGCGGAGGUUGAAAGCUGCAAUGUGGACUGUUCUACAUAAAGACUCUGAAAAUGAAAGGAAUUCAAAUUCAGUGUCAACACCAACACAUUCCAAUAUUCUAAAUGGAAAUGAUUCUGAAAAUGGAGACGACUCUGAGUCAAUUGAAGACAAAAAAAUGUUUACAGACAUGUAUUCAUUUUUGCCAAAGCUGAUGCCUGCCAAUAUGACUGAAAAUCUUUCAAUACCUCUUGCGUUCACUUGUUUGCUGCAUCUUGCAAACGAAAAAUCUCUGAAAAUCGUUGCAAAAACAGACAUGUCGGAUCUAAAUAUUGCAGAACCAGAAGCCGAUUUCACAUGAAUAUAUUUGAAUAUUUGUAGUAGAAGAGCUAGACUUGUAGUUUUUUAUUAAUUUUGUUUCUUGCUACAUACAUGCACAGUUUAUUCAAAAUUUAGCUUGUUGAAGCAAGUUUUUUUUGUCAGUGUAACCGCUUGGUUACCAAGAAGAAGUGUUUCGUGGCAGAAUUAGAUGAUUUAACUUCGUUGUUACAUUGGGUUACAUUUCAUACAUUCACAAGUA